UCGCUUAAUUGUAUUUUUUUUUUUGUUACCCUCGCAUUUUCUUCGAUAUGUUAGAUGAUAAAUAAUCGAUCCAAACAAAGAAAAAUUGAAAAGAAAGUUUAAAAGGGUAAAUUUAUGAAAAUGAAAAUCUCGACCACUCCUUGAUGUCUGCGAUUUCUGCAUCGCGACCCUUGUUAUGUUAUCAUGUUUCACCCAUAAAAUCUCAAAAAUAUCCGGCUGCGGCCAUUCACAUCUGUGUCAUGACACUCGAUGAUACAUGCUACAUGGAGUUUUUGGAUCGAAACAAGGUAAGUACGCGAUAAUAUCUCGUUAAAGUCAUGACGUCUAUAAUUCUGCUCUCGUGUGCUCUCACCUCCAGAUAAGGUUGUGCUGUUUAAACAAAAAAAUGUUUUUUUUAGAAUGCCCUCCUGUUCAAAAAAAAAAAAAAAUCCCCAGAAAAUUGAGAUUUUAAGCUUUCCAAUGAUAUAUCACACAUGCAUAUCGAACAAUUUUGAAAGUUGGCCAAAUUUUGGGUCUCAGAGCGAAACUUUAAGUCACCUCAGUGUUUUCCGCCCUAUAACAGAUGUUGUCAUUUAGUGUUAUCCGGCAAAUUAUAUCACAUUUUAAUAGAUGUAAAAGAUCCAAGCUGGACAUAAAUAGAGUUAGUGACAUAAUUUGCCGGAUGACACUUAAUGACAUCUGUCAUAAGCGUUCAGUAAUGCCCAUGAUAGUGUCAUGUCAUAAUUAUGACGGUCUCAUGACAGUCUUAUGAGGCCUCUGUCAAAUAAAGUGUUAUCUAUUAACCCAAAUAAAUCAACAAAUAACCCGCACUUGACUAUAAGCCGCAGGAUUCAAAAUGAAGGAAAAAAAGUCCCGGCUUAUAGUCCCAAAAUUACGGUACUAAGUAGCCAGACGUCAUAACUACGUACUGUACAUCGCAGUUAAAAUCUAUAUCCUCAUUAUGUUCUUGCACAAAGAGAAACGGUAAACAUUCAUCAAGAUUAUUAUUGUCUCACCCUCCCUGUUUUGAUCAAUGCUUCUAUUGUUUUAUAUCAUUGUCAUAAUCAAUAUUGCAAUUGUUACCUCGCUGGAACGACCCUUGACUAUUUUGCCACCUGGUUUGAGCGCGUCAGCAUCUUGGCCAUCCUGCUCAACUGUGUGACGCUGGGGAUGUUCCAGCCCUGUGAUGACACACACUUCUUGUUGCAGGCGCUGGACGAUGGCAUCUUUGUGUUUUUCGCUGGAGAAAUGCUGGUCAAGAUGGUGGCUCUUGGGAUCAUAGGUCACAACGGUUACCUUGGAGACACAUGGAACCGACUGGACUUCUUCAUUGUCAUCGUAGGGAUGUUGGAGUACUCGCUGGACGGACACAAUGUUAGCCUGUCGGCAAUUCGCACUGUGCGCGUCCUACGCCCACUCAGAGCCAUCAACAGGGUUCCUAGCAUGCGCAUCCUGGUGACCCUUUUGCUGGACACGCUCCCCAUGUUGGGCAAUGUUUUAGCGCUGUGCUUCUUCGUCUUUUUCAUCUUCGGCAUUGUUGGCGUUCAGCUUUGGGCGGGGCUCCUGAGGAACCGCUGCUUCAUGGGGGAGGACGUCAAGACGAGGUACAACAUCUCCUUCCUGAACAUUUACUACCGUCCGGGCGGCACAGAGGACCACCCGUUCAUCUGCUCGGCAGAGCGGGACAACGGCAUGCUCCGCUGCUCCGACGUCCCCCGCCGGCGUGUGGCAGGGAGGUCUUGCCUCCUGACGGCCGAAGACCCCCGCCCCGAGACGGCUACAGUGGAAGGAGGGGAGAAGGUGUCGUGCGUCAACUGGUACCAGUACUACAACGAAUGUCGUGCCGGCGAGUUGAACCCACACAAGGGAGCUAUCAACUUCGAUAACAUUGGAUAUGCAUGGAUUGCCAUUUUUCAGGUAAUUACGUUGGAAGGCUGGGUGGACAUCAUGUAUUACGUAAUGGAUGCCCACUCUUUCUACAACUUCAUCUACUUCAUCUUCCUCAUUAUAGUUGGUUCAUUUUUCAUGAUCAACCUGUGCUUGGUGGUCAUAGCCACCCAGUUCUCGGAGACCAAGCAGCGAGAGCACGCCCUAAUGAAGUCGGAGCAGCGCGCCCGCCAACUCCACCAGUCGGCGUCCACUUUGGCCAGCGACAGCCAACCGGGAAGCUGCUACGAGGAGAUCAUCCGCUACCUGGCGCACUUGGGCCGCAAGGCGUACCGCCGUCUGUCCCGACUAGUCGCGCGGGCCGUCGUCGGCCUGCGCUGCAUUUGCGCUAUCCGCCGACACCGGGACCGAGGCAUCGCCGAGGUGAACGGUCUGGCGCACCGGCAUUCCGGUCACGUCGCCGGCGACCUGUCGCACCUUCAUCACAUGUAUCAUCAGAGACAUCCGCCACUGCCCCCGCCGGCACCAGAACGCCGCCUGAGUAACGGAGGCUUUAAUUAUCCCGUCAUUUCGCCCAUGCUCACUCACCUGGAUGCAAAGAGUCAGCAUCACAAGAGAUUGGUCGCCAUGGAGACCGUCAACAGGCAGCUUGUGCUGGAACAAGGUGGAUGCGCAGCCCACCCUUCGUUACCUUUGCCAGGCGAGGUCCCUGUGGAUUCAUCAGCCUGCCCGUACUGCAGCUACUACAACCAAUUAUGUGACCCACAAAAUGAGGCGGCUGACGACCAUCAUCAUCAGCGAGGCUCAGUGAGCAGCCCCCCACCGCAGCCUCAUUGCAAGAGCCCGGGCCCCUCCGGCGGGCCCGGUCUCCAGCUAGGCGAAGGGAACGCAGCGCAGCCCCUGUGGCGAGCGUGUGCUCGAUGCUGGGCCGAACUCAGGAGCAAAUUGGAACUCAUUGUGGGCAGCAGAUACUUCAACAGAGGCAUCAUGUUUGCCAUUCUCAUCAACACACUGUCCAUGGGAAUAGAGUAUCAUGAACAACCGCAGGAGCUGACAGACAUUUUGGAGAUCAGCAACAUGGUGUUCACAAGUCUCUUUAGUCUGGAGAUGCUUCUGAAAGUCCUGGCGCUGGGCCUCUUCGGCUACAUCAAAAACCCUUACAAUGGCUUCGACAGCAUCAUCGUCAUCAUCAGUGUUUGGGAGAUUGUGGGUGAGGCGGAGGGAGGUUUGUCUGUGCUGCGUACCUUCCGUCUGCUGAGGGUUCUGAAGCUGGUGCGCUUCCUGCCAGCCUUGAGGAGGCAGCUGGUAGUGCUCAUGAAAACCAUGGACAAUGUGGCUACCUUCUGCAUGCUGCUCAUGCUUUUUAUUUUCAUCUUCAGUAUCUUGGGGAUGCAUUUGUUUGGAUGUAAAUUCGGUCUGCGACAAGACAGCGGAGAUACUCUGCCCGACAGAAAGAACUUUGACUCACUGCUUUGGGCCACAGUCACCGUCUUCCAGAUCCUGACACAGGAGGACUGGAACGCUGUUUUGUACAAUGGCAUGGCGUCCACCACCCCGCUAGCUGCCCUCUACUUCGUCGCUCUCAUGACCUUCGGCAACUACGUCCUCUUCAAUCUGCUGGUGGCCAUUUUGGUUGAGGGCUUCCAGGCUGAAGGCGACGCCAGCCGAUCCGAUUCGGACGACGAGGGACAAUCGCUGUCUUACGAUGAUGAGGAGAAGCUGAGGGACUUGUAUGCCGCAGAGCUGAAGAUCCAAGCAAUGAUUCUCAGUCCCAAUGGUCUCCUGAACCCCAGGGCUUCUAGGCCACCGCCUCUGUCCAUGCCUGUCAUCACUCACACGGCAGCCACACCCACUGUGAACUACGGUCAAUCUCGGCGCGCCAGUGCGGCCUCUGUAGUGGACAGCCUUGAGCAGCAGAGGUCGCCGCCUCCAUGGGACAGCCUCCCGGAGAGCCGUCGUUCCAGCUGGACCAGCCUGGGACGGGCCCCCAGCCUUCACCGCAGAAGCCAGUCGGGCGAAAUGGAGUCGCUGCUGACCGACAGCCACACGGCCUCUGACGCUGGCAGCAGGGAAGCGUCCGUGGACACCCCCGAUUACUUGCAGGUGCCUGUGUUGUACACACCAGACUGCAAUGGGACCGCGGCCUUCCACCUGCCCGACCACUCUUAUGACGACCCCCUUCACACAAUGCUUUACCACACGCAGCAGGAGGAUGAAGACGUGGAGGAGACUUUAUACCAAAAGCUGAGAAAAUUACUGGAGCCAUACGAGCCUCAAUGGUGCAUUGAGCACGAGGAUUGGUCGCUCUAUGUGUUCGCUCCACACAACCGCUUCAGGCUGUGGUGCCAGAAUACAAUUGGACACAAGAUGUUCGAUCACAUCAUCCUACUCUUCAUCUUCCUUAACUGCAUAACCAUCGCGCUGGAGAGGCCCGACAUUCAGCCGCACAGCAUGGAGCGAAUUUUCCUCAGCGUGUCCAAUUACAUCUUCACUGUGAUCUUUGUUGGCGAAAUGAUGAUCAAGGUGGUGGCGAUGGGAAUGUAUUUUGGCAAGGGUGUGUACCUGCAGAGUAGCUGGAACGUCCUUGAUGGGGUCCUGGUGUUUGUGUCCCUGGUGGACAUCUUGGUGUCCCUGGCAUCGGCAGGCGGAAAUCGAAUCCUGGGCAUCCUGCGCGUCCUGCGGCUGUUGCGUACCCUGCGACCGCUCAGAGUGAUCAGUCGUGCUCCAGGUCUAAAACUAGUGGUGGAAACCCUCAUAACGUCACUUAGACCAAUCGGGAACAUCGUGCUCAUCUGCUGUGCUUUUUUCAUCGUGUUUGGGAUCCUGGGGGUUCAGUUAUUUAAAGGCAAAUUCUUCCACUGUGAGGGUUACAACGUGACCAACAUCAGCAACAAGACUCAGUGCUUGAAUGCAGGACACCGCUGGCUUCGCAGGAAGUACAACUUUGACAACCUAGGACAGGCGCUGAUGUCUCUGUUUGUGCUGUCAUGCAAGGACGGCUGGGUCAGCAUCAUGUACGACGGCUUGGACGCGGUCGGCGUGGACCAGCAGCCGAUACGCAACAACAACCCCUGGAUGCUUCUGUUCUUCAUCUCCUUCCUGCUCAUCGUCAGUUUCUUCGUGCUCAACAUGUUCGUGGGCGUGGUGGUGGAGAACUUCCACAAGUGUCGACAGCAGCAGGAGGAGGAAGAAGCCAGACUCCGAGAGGAGAAACGACGCAAGCGUCAGGAGAAGCGGAGGCGAAAGGCUCUCGAGAAGCCGUACUACGCCGACUACUCUCCUCUGCGUCGCUCCAUCCACAGCGUGUGCACCAGCCACUACAUGGACCUCUUCAUCACCAUCAUCAUCUUCACCAACCUGCUCACCAUGAGCAUGGAGCACUACAACCAGCCCCAGUACCUGGUGGAGAUCCUCAAGUACUGCAACUACGUCUUCACGGUGGUUUUCGUCAUCGAGGCCAUCCUCAAGCUCAUAGCGUUUGGACUUCGGCGCUUUUUCAAAGAGAGAUGGAACCAGUUGGACUUAGCCAUCGUGUUGUUGUCCAUCAUGGGAAUCACACUGGAAGAAAUCGAUCUUAACGCCUCACUACCCAUAAACCCCACCAUCAUACGUAUCAUGAGGGUGUUGAGAAUCACACGAGUGCUAAAGCUGUUAAAGAUGGCCACGGGGAUGCGAGCUCUGCUGGACACCGUCAUGCAAGCUCUGCCUCAGGUGGGGAAUCUGGGUCUGCUCUUCAUGUUGCUGUUCUUCAUCUAUGCAGCUCUGGGAGUUGAGCUCUUUGGAAAACUGGAGUGUUCCGAGGAGAACCCGUGCGAGGGCCUCAGCCGUCACGCAACCUUCGACAACUUCGGCAUGGCUUUCCUGACGCUCUUCCGUGUGUCCACCGGUGACAACUGGAACGGGAUCAUGAAGGACACGCUGCGUGACUGCCGACCGGAUGACCGCCACUGCCUCACCUACUUGCCCCUGAUCUCGCCCGUCUACUUUGUCACCUUCGUGCUAACGGCUCAAUUCGUGCUGGUCAACGUGGUGGUGGCAGUCCUCAUGAAGCACCUGGAAGAGAGCAACAAGGAAGCGCUGCUAGAUGAGAUGGAGGAAAGGCAGGAGCGCGAGGAGGCCGCCCGUAGGAACAGCGUCGCAUCGGGGGGCGGGGAACACGUUGCCCCCAACGGAGAUGCGCCCGCGCAGGUGCGGGUAGAGGAUGAGGAGCGUCGCCACGACAACUUGCUGAGCAUCGGCCGCAUGCUGUCCCUGCCUAGCGACAGCUACGUUCAGCAGCCACUCAGAUGCGUGCCGUACCCACCGGCUAGUGUCGACGCCUAUUCGGCUUACAGCUACUCGGGCUCCAUGUCAUCGCUGGGCUCCAGUGGGGGAGGCUCACUGCUGCAGGUCCCGGGCGCCCUCCCUGCCAUCAGCCACGCCUCGCUGGGCUCCGGACGAAGCAGCCGCCCCAUGAUCCGCCUCAGCAGCUCGCAAAGCAUCGACAGGAGCUCCCCUCACCACGCCGCCCCUUCCGAGCGGCGCCGCCUCGACUCUGCUCUCAGCGUGGACGGGUGCCGCUUUAGCCCCGCCCGAGCCGCCGAUGGACGCCGACUGAGCUACGCGCUCAGCGUUGACGGAUACCGGGUCGCUGCGGAGAGGUCCAAGCUGGUGUCUAGCUGCAGUAUAGACAGACAUCCCUCACUCAGGCUGAGUCCUCUGCACGGGGCCUCCAGAGGCCCUUCUCAUUGGCUGAGCCCAGAGGAGAGUCUGGAUCGCAAUAAGCUGAGCCCCUCAUACGUCCCUGAGAGUUCAGUCCUCAAAAGGCCGGCGUCCUUCCGCACCGCCGGAAGACAGCUGCGCAGACAAGAGGCGGUGCGCAGUGAUUCUCUGGAUCAAAGCGGCUCGGCGGACAACAUGUCGGACAGCCACCUCGCCGUGCCCGUCACCUCCUCUUCUUCUCCCACGCCAUCCCGCCAGCGCUCAUCUAGCGUCCACACCUUAAAGUACACUCAACCCCAGAGAGUGAUUUCAUGCCGGGGGCGCGGCGAUACGGCUGAAUCGGAACCCAGAGCCGAGGCGGACCUAGAGGUAAAGGACGUAGGGACGUCAGAGCCCCGGACGGAUGAUGCGGCAGAUGAGGAAGUGCGACGCAUCAACGCGCCCUCGCACAGACACCUCGCGCCUGAUCCUGAUGACGCCCACGCCCGGCUCAGCCGAUCGGUGUCACCGAUAUCGGGCAGGAACAGGAAGGAGCGCGUGAGCCCGCCCCCGGGGGAGGAGCCAGUUACCAUGGCGACACAGUUAAUGGACAGCAGCGUGGAGCUUAGGAGGCGGACGCUAUCGUUUGACGCCACCACACAGGCGACCAAUCAGCCCGAGUCCGGCUCUGUGGACGACUGACACUUUUUGUGAGGUGCACAGGCCACGCCCCCUGCCUUGUCCUGGCCAAUCACAGGGUUUGUGUGUUCAGACUCCUCCCCCAAAACUGUACGGUUUCUUCUUUUUGCACAACAUUUGAUUCUUUUAGCCUUUAGCAUAGCCGCUACGUAUAUUGACGACACGUCUACUAUCUUUUUGCUUGUUCUAUACUCCUGCUUCCAGCCCUUCUUUUCCCUGCGCCUCAAGCCUAGGUCACAGUAUCAUUGAAUAGAGAUUGACCGAUAUGCAGUUUUUCAGGAUCGAUAUCGAUUAUUUGUCGUUAGAGGGGCCGAUAACCGAUUUUUGGAGCCGAUAUUUCAUUUCAUUUGCAGUAGAAGUGUAAAAAUUGGCGUGAAAAAUUGAAUAAUGCUAACACUGAACUUCAUUGAAAUGCCUAAAGCAUGUUUGUUGAAUCACACAAAUAGAAAAUAAUAGCUCCAGAAGUGCCUGAAGCGCAACACAAGUGUAACUUCAUUUACCGUUACCAUUUAACCAAUCAGAGGACGGGGUGAAUACUAGUGCAGGUGACAGCAGACAGGGGAGAGAGGCAUGGCUGUAUCUGAGCCGAAAUAACCCAGUUUAAAAAAAAAAAAAAUCCUAUCGGCCGGUCGGAUUAAAAAAAAAAAAAAAAGGCCGCUACAGAUAUACAGUACGUCAAAGACUCAAUUUUCCAAAUAUCGGCGCCGAUAAAUCUUUAGCAUUGAAAUGGAUACCUCUUCCUAACGUUUCAGCCCUCUUGUUCCCACAGAAUGAAACUACAAAAUAGUCUGUUCCUGUAAAUUUGAACUUCUUUAUGGUCAUACUAAUGUUAAAGGGAUCCACGGAUAGAAAGACAUGUAAUCCUUUAAAGAUAAAUGUUAGUACGAGUUCUAAUAAUUUGAUUAUAAAACCCCUCUUAAUGUUUUUGUUUUAACAAAGUUUGUAGGUAACACUUUACAAUAAGGGUCCCUUAAUUAACAUUAGUUAAUGCAUUUUUAGACAAUAACUAAUGCUUAAGUAACAUGACAAUAAUUCAUUUAAUCCCUUAUCUAACCUUUAUAAAUAUAUUAAUUAACAUGAGUUAAUGCAUUAGUUAAUGCAUUUUAGGACAAUAAAUAAUGUUUAAGUAACAUUACAAUAAUUCACAUAAUCCCUUAUUUAACAUUUAGUAAAAUAUUAAUUAACAUUACUUAAUGCCUUAGUUAACACAUAACCAGAAAGUAACUGAUAGUUUGGUAAAAAAUAAAAAUACAUAUAGCCCUAUACAUAAGGUUGUUUUAAUACAUAUAUAUAAUACAUAACAUUAAUUCACAUAUACAUUAGUGCAUUAAUAAAUAGUUAUUAAUUCAUACUGGUACUAGUAAGUUAUUGCUAUUUUAAAAUGAGAAACACUGCUCUGUGAGUCCUUGGGUGCUGCUAACCUAACCUUAAGUAUGGUAUUAUUUCACGUGAACGUACUUCAUAAGUAUUACCUAACGUUAAUUAACCAUUACUGAAUGAUUUUUGGACCCUUAUUGUGAAGUGUAGCACAUGUGUCCCUUUACUAAGAAAUUAUAAAAGCUUAAGUCCCCCCCCACCCCCAACCUUUAUGAACCAUUACUGAAUGCUUUUUGGACCCUUAUUGUAAAGUGUAGCACAUGUGUCCCUUAACUAAGAAAUUAUAAAUGCUUAAGUUAACAAACCCUAACCCUCUAUAGGCCUAUAUAUAUUUUUAAUUUUACCAAACCAUUAUUUACUGUCUGGUUAUGCAUUAACUAAUGCAUUAACUAAUGCAUUAACUCAUGUUAAUUAAUAUAUUAAUAAAUGUUAGAUGAGCAAUUAUAUUAUUUAUUGUAAUGUUACUUAAACAUUAGUUAUUGUCUAAAAUGCAUUAACUAAUGUUAAUUAAGGGACCCUUAUUACAAAGUGUUACCAAUUUGUAAAAUUUUAAACCAAAAAAUUAACGAGUAGGUCGCCAUUGUUGUUGACGUCGCAGGGCGGUGACAUUGCAUGUACACGCUGCCGGACUUACACAGUGUCACUCUUUAACUAAAUAAACAUGUCGUCGGUUCUGCCCUUCCAAUUUGAACCCGAGAGGAAUAUUAAUGAGAAGGACAGCCCUGUCGAUAUUUCACAAAAAAGGCAGCAAAAGCGAAAUGAACACGAAAGAUGGGAUGAGAGGAGUAGCAUACAUGUGUCAAGUUCGCUCGUGACAACUAGCACUCUCCUGCUCUAGUGACGGAGCAGGAGAGUGUUUGAUGUCAAAAAAUGUUUGCCGAUCUUCACGGUAAACUAUUAUGUAAUCCAACUUAUUCCAAUAUUAUAAUGGAGAUAGUUAGCAUCCAGAGCUGUUGUGUGCUUUAAAUGUGAUUUGGGUAUACAGUGAAACACAGCAGUUUGAUUAUUUUUUUGCAUCACACGAAAACGUUAAUAGUUAGCCUCUACUGAGACGUCUAAUGACGGUUGGUUUACCUUAUUUUUGUCACGUAAAAGCGCUCUCGACGUCGAUGAUCAUCCUGGAUGCCUUUAAAAACGAGUUAACCACUGUUCAUCGGAAAAUUAUGAAACAGCUGUCAGUCCUAAUUUCCCAUCAUUCGUAAUAAUGUUUUUUCGUGCAACACUAGGUAACUUUUCAGUUUUGGUCAAUUUCAGAAACACCAGUAGACAAAUGUGGUAGUGCUUAGCUUUAAGGAAGACUGCGUCUCCCAUGAGGGCCAGCACACACCCGCACAGUGUCGUGAAAUCAUGAGCUCCCGGUCGCCUGCAGAUGUAUUAAACGACAUUUCUGUUUCCAGCGGCUGUGUGAAGAAUGAAUACUAAUAAGGUAAUAAAUCCCGUUGUGGCUAAACAAUAGCAUAUGACGGUUAGCAACCGUGUUGCUUAGUGUGGCUAAGCCCCCAACCCCACUUGAGUUCAGUUUGGGGUUUCACACCAGCGAAUGAAAGCCGGGCCAAAGUUUAUUCUUUUGUAUCCUUUUAUCCUUGGUAGCCUCCCUUUUUUUCCUCCUGGGACAAAACUUUUAGUCUCUUUUGUUGCUCUGCCAUCUUCUCAAAAUUCGCGUUUGUAAGUGCCUAAAUAACAUUUUAAUGAUUAUUUAUGUUAAUUGUAAAUAAUUUAUUUGGUUCUAUAAAACAAUUUGUUAAUUGUUAUUUAUUUAAAUAAGAAAUAAUUGCUAUUUGUUAUUCGGAUUUGGUGGGACGGAGUUGUGAUGUCAUAUCGUACGAUAUAAGUGGGGGCAGCGGGGACUGUUAUCGUGAGUAGUGAGUUGGCGUGAUGAUAGGAAGUAUUAAGGAUAGAGCUUAUAUAAUUUUUUGACCUAUGUUCUUUAUAUCUACCUCCUUUUCCAUCGAUCUCAGUUGCUCUUUUUUGUUUGUAUUUAAUGUCGAGCUGUGGAUUGAUUUUUGUUGCAUUACAGAACUGACGUAAGGAGCAAUGUGAGAGUAUUUCUUGGUGUUUCUUGGCUCGCUGACUGGCUCGGUGAGGAUGAAGACAAGAGGCUAACGUCAGAUAGAAAGGCUUUUCGUCGUGGAUUCUACAGCGUGAAAGUAUUCGUAUCGUCUUUAUAAUGAAAGGGGGAGGUGAUGUAAAGCAGUCAGUUUUUUUUCUGUGGGGCAGGGUUCCUGCCACCCUCCACAAAGUUAACUAGUGCCGGUGAAAGCGAUACAGACCCCCUCAAGAUACUGUAUAAAAGAGUCGUCAUUCAACUAGUUGUCAGUCUAUAUAUCACAAUGGUUAUGAAGACAUUUUAUAAAGGUUGAAAGGUUACCUAGUGUUGCUUCAAAAAGUUUACCUUCAUUCAUUUCUUUCUAUAUUCCCUUCCAUUUCUUAUGAGGCUCAUUCAAAUUGUCAGCAUUUAAUAAGUACAGAAUCCUAUCAACGUCUGUAUGUAGUGUGACCUAGGCUUUAGCGGUCUCUACCUCUACCUGCACCCCCCCCC